UUUAAAAAUACAUUUUGACCUGCGGAUAGAUAGGCGUUUAACAUCACAGUUCAUAAUCAGUGACAUGAGGUUAAUACCAGAUCACGUCCACACUGAUUGAUCAACGUUUUGUUCAACAAAGAGGCACGCUGUGGACACCUACAAACUGGAGGUCUUUUUCAAGGUCCUGCGAUACCAUGGCAACCGCAUCUCAAACAACAACAAUACCACGCUGUUGAAGAUUCAGUCAGACGGACGCUAAGUUUACGAUGUAAUAUAGUAAGAAUAAUCAAAAUGUCGGUACAGAAAGCACUACAGCUGCCACCGCUGUCACACUCUGAAAGGUCGUCAUCACACUUUCCAUCUAAUGAUGAAAGACAAAGCAGAGGAACUCAUCAGAAACAAAUUAUCAGUGGGAUUACCAUGUCAAAGUUUAUGAAAACGAAAUUUGGAGAAACAUCAGUUCAACAUUUAACCUUGCCUGCUCAUGGAUCUCUUACCAGGCCUCAUUUCUUGGAGCAACUGGAGUGCUAUCUCAAGAAAGAAUUAGAAGCUUUAGACACACACGACCCAAAAAUUCAGGAGCUCAAACUUCAGGUUUACCAGGAGGUCUUUGGGCAUUUAAUAGAAGAGUUCAAAACAUAUAAGCCUAUUUUUUCAGCCAUCAAAAGGGAGUAUGACAUCACAUUAGCAUGCCUUCGUGAACAAAUCAGGGAUCUGCUACCGCUGCGAGCGAAGCUGGUGCUGGUCACAGAACAAUGUGAGAAAAGGGUUCUUGAUCUGAUGAUACAGGAGAGGGAUGAGAUCAGAGCUCUGAAACAAGAGUGUCAGCGUUUGCAGCGAAUCAUUGAGAGUUCGAGGGGACAACAGUGUGCCCUGCAGAUUCAGGUUGAUCGUCUAAAAGAGGAUUUAGCUAUCCAGUAUGAGUUAUACAGGGAUGAGCGUGAUGCACGAAAGCUGCUCAUAACUAAAUACAGCAUGAUGCACUCUACCCAAGAUACUGAACACGGUGACACAAAGGAAGAUACGGAAUCUGAAGAUCCUGUGUUGGUAAAGAUGGCUUUGCAAGUAUGUAGAGAGGACCUUACUAAAGCCCAAGUUGAGCUUAACCGCAUGCAAGCAGAAUAUGGUGAUGUGAUUCCACGACGAGACUGGGAGAACCUUAAUCGUCUCUAUGAGGAAACUCUGGGGAAGCUGGAGAGCUUACAGGCAGACUUCGAUCAGAUGAAGUCCGAAUAUGACACGCUACUUGAAGUUCAUCGGCAGCAGUCAGAAGUGCUACAUUCUAAUCAGGCCAUACUACAACGCACUUUAACUCCCAGACCAAAAUGGGAACAUUGUUCAGACAUUCUUGGGGGCAAUGAGCGCUGUGGAAAACUCUUUGAAGGUCAAUCUAGUCAAAAUAAGUUGGAGAUUUUGCUGCAGCAGAUGAAUAGACAGGAUGAAUUUUUCCUCGGACUCGGCUUCUCCAAUUACGUCCCCAUUUUUCUACGCUAUGAGGGGAAGUUUAAAAAUCUUAAGCUCAAGAAAGCUGAUGUGGUUAAAGUUAUAAAGGAUAUCUGGAAAGCCAAAACUGCAGAGAAUGAGAAGAAUGACGACUGCGUAGAUCUGAAGGUGUUUUUUCACAACUAUCUUGUGGAUCAGUACAAGGAAAAGGCAGGAGAGUGGGCUUACAGCUUAAUGGAAAAAAUCAACAACAAUCUCAAUGAUGAUUUCAUUUGUCUUUUCAACGAUAUCCUGACUGGGAAGGUGGAUGAGAGUAUCUACCAUGGACAGACACAACUGCAAUCUCACUUGCUCAAGGUUUUAAUUCGAAGUGACACAACAGAAUGUGGAUCACUGACUGUUUCAGAAUUUGGUGAAGCAUUGAAGAAGGCUUUCCCACUUAAGUCAGAUCAGCACAUACAGGAGCUGUUGACGGUGGCUCAGACAGAGCUUAAGAGUAAUGGUGCACCUAUAGCUUAUCAGACACUUUACACAGAGGACACAGAUGGAAAGCACAAACAAUUCCUAAGUCUAGUGAAAAGCCAGGCUACUGCUGAAAGACUUCAAUACAUCAAUGAACUGAGGGUACAACUUGAAGGGAAAGGGACGGUGAAUGCAGAGCACCUGAGGACUGCUUUUAAAACCAUAGAUCCUUCACUGGAUUCUGCAACUCUUGACUGGAACCUCAGGAUAGCUUUUCAAACAAAGGCCCAUGAAUUAAAAGAUGAAGAUGUGAACACGGAGGUCGUGCUACAGCGUCUCUCUGUGGCUAAUGUGAAAAGGGCAGGGCCAAAGUAA